AUAUUUAGUUUAUUGUUACAGUACUACCAUAGUAUUCAUCCAUUCGAUCUGAAAAAAACGGUUAUAUUAUACCAAAAAUGUAUAAAUGAAUGCACAACGACAAUAAGCCCCAUAGCCCGGUGCUAUAGCCAAGGCCAGCGAGCAGAGAACCUUUAUAACACUGACGGAAUUCGAUUUGCCUUCUGGUCAACCAUUGCGACUGACUGAAAAAGUAGAACUACGCCAUUGACGCCAUGUUUGUCGUCGAGUAGCCACGGUAAAAGAAGUCGGUUGUAAUUCUCGUGGACUCUUAAACAAGACGCGUCGUUCUCCAAGGCAACGCAUCGAAGAUGAAGAGACUUGGAUUUCUGAUGCACUUCCUGGUGAUGUGUACAUUGAGAACUCCCCUCAGCAUAUCCAGUGUAGCAGCACAGGAACAAGCGGUUUCAGUUCGCCUUGUUAAUGGAUCAUCCUUCAACGAAGGUCGCGUAGAGGUGUACUACCGAGGCCAGUGGGGUACUGUUUGUGACGAUGGAUGGGACCUUGAUGACGCUAAUGUCAUCUGUCACAUGCUUGGCCUACCGCCUGCAGUUCUUGCUUUGGGCAAUGCUCCUUUCAGCGAAGGAUCUGGGCUGAUUGCUCUUGACGAUGUCAGUUGUCAAGGCAACGAAACAAACAUUGCUGACUGCCGACACCGAGGCUGGUUUAAUCAUAACUGUGAUCAUAGUGAAGAUGCAGGAGUUAUCUGUGGUGGAAGCACAACGAUUGCGACAAGUCCAGUUGUAGUUCGCCUUGUUAAUGGAACAUCCUCCAACGAAGGUCGUGUUGAGGUCAACUACCAAGGCCUGUGGGGUACAGUUUGUGACGAUGGAUGGGACCUUAAUGACGCUAAUGUCAUCUGUCGCAUGCUUGGCUUACCUCCUGCAACCCAUGCUUUGGGCAGUGCUCCUUUCAGUGAAGGAUCUGGGCUGAUUGCUCUUGACAAUGUCAACUGCCAAGGCAACGAAACAAACAUUGCUGACUGCCAACACCGAGCCUGGUUUAGUCAUAACUGUGAUCAUAGUGAAGAUGCAGGAGUUAUCUGUGGUGGAAACAUAACGAUCGCGCCAAGUCCAGUCGUGGUCCGUCUUGUUAAUGGAACAUUCUCCAACGAAGGUCGUGUAGAGGUGUACUAUCAAGGCCUGUGGGGUACAGUUUGAGACGAUGGAUGGGACCUUGAUGACGCUAAUGUCAUCUGUCGCAUGCUUGGCCUACCGCCUGCAGCUCUUGCUUUAGGCAAUGCUCCUUUCAGCGAAGGAUCUGGGCUGAUUGCUCUUGACGAUGUCAGUUGUCAAGGUAACGAAUCAAACAUUGCUGACUGCCGACACCGAGGCUGGUUUAAUCAUAACUGUGAACACAGUGAGGAUGCAGGAGUUAUCUGUGGUGGAAACACAACAAUUACACCAAGUCAAGUUUUAGUUCGACUUGUGGGUGGAACGUCCUCCAACGAAGGUCGUGUGGAGGUGCACUACCAAGGCCAGUGGGGUACAGUUUGUGACGAUGGAUGGGACCUUGAUGACGCCAAUGUCGUCUGUCGCAUGCUUGACCUACCACCUGCGACUCAUGCUUGGGGCGAUGCUCACUUCGGUCAAGCAUCUGGACCGAUUGCUCUUGAUGACGUGAAUUGCUAUGGCUUCGAGUCCAGCAUUGCUGACUGUCGGCAUGGAGGCUGGUUUAGCAGUGAUUGUUGGCACUUCGAAGAUGCAGGAGUUACUUGUGGGGGAAUCACAACUACACAAAUGCAAAUAACAACAACACAGACUCCUGGUACAGGCGAUGUUUCCAACAUUCGCCUUGACGGGGAUUCACCAACACAAGGCACGGUGCAGGUUUGGAGCAAUGGUCAGUAUGUGGACCUGUGUAGCGAUGAUUGGGACCUGAAUGCCGUGAAAGUAGUCUGUCGCCAGAAGGGCUACCAAACCAACGCGGUGUCUGUGGUUUACAACAGUAAUAAUUGGGGUCAUUACAAAGCAUAUUUACUGUCCUGCUCUGGUAAUGAGGAUGAGCUUUCCCAGUGUGCCACGCCCUCGACUUCGUACUCUAGAAAAUGUAAAACUGCAACAGUGAACUGUAGCGUAUACCUAGGCUUAUCACCCGGCGUAGUCGUUGGUAUCGCUGUUUCCUCUACAUUGGCGGUGAUUGGUAUUGCCAUCAUUGUCGUCAUAACUUUAGUCAGAGGCAGUCGCAGAAAGCAGUCACAGACAUCCCACAGCAUGAACAUACCCUUGGCAACUGCAACACAGUCACCAGUACCUAAUCCAAGUUCUUCCAGGACCCUGGGCUUCACUUACUGUGCUCACGGGGAGACCUCCCUAGCCCAGCCCGUUUCUCGUCGUCCACAACCCCCAGAAUACUCAACGACCAUCAGCGACCAGCCUCAACCCACUCCAUCCAACCAACCUUCUACUUGGGAUCGCUUGUAUUCUCCCGUAGGGACCUCUCCCAUACCAAAUGCUGAGAUACAUCCGUCUAGAUUUUCCCAAAUGUCUUGUACAUUGUCACCCUACCCCAAUGUAGGUCCUGAUCCACCGCCCCGAGAUAAAUCUGUUCAAGAUUCACCAGCGGCUCAGUCCCCUGGGUCUAUAGAACACGGAGAGUGGUCUGAACCAAUCUAUGAGACAGUGUUGCGUUCUUCCAUUAGUCAGUAGAACACAAAGUGUCCCCCGAAACACAGAAAGUCUAGAUGACAAUGAGAAUACCACUUUUUAGGUAUCAGGUGUCAACACAGAGGAUAACAUGUCUGUGUAAGCAUGAUAAGAACCAAUCACAUUUUUUAUCCUAACUGACGGAUCUACAUCGUAACGAAAGCAACUUGUGAGAAGAAUUUCUUUUUUCCAAAAUUAGAAAGGUAAACACAGAGUAAUUAUUCACACAGCACUGCUUUAAAAAUGUCACGCACAGCGUUGACUCUAGGAUUAAAAAUCAAAUUUUUACCCCUCAGCUAGAUUUUACCCUCUUCACUUCGAUGAUUUAUUUCAUAUUUGCUUGUUUAUAUCAUUUACUAUUGAAUUUUUUUUUAUUUUCUGAAGUUGUUUGCAGGGCAACAUUAUUCGGUUGGUUGUUUUAUUAUUUGUUUUUUAAGCAAGUGUCAACUCAGUUUAUAUUGAAUGUUUUGUGAAGUAAUGAUAGCAUUU